AUGACAGUUGCAGCCACCUCCGCAACACCAGAAACGUCCACAUCUCCUCUAGAGACCACUUUCCCAGCUGGUUCACCAACCUCAACCCCUGCUCCAGCAAUUGAACAUUUCACAGUGAACUUCAUCACAACCAAUCUCAAAUAUGAUUCACAACUGGGAACGCCUCAUUCUACCCGGUUCAAUGCUACUGAGAAAGUCUUGAUCUCCUUGCUCAACCCAAUAUUUGGAAACAGCAGCAUCGGCCCAUCUUAUAUAAAAUGUGAAGUGACGUCUUACAGAUCGGUGAGAGAUGGGAAUAACACUGGUGUAGAUGCCGUCUGCACCUACAGGCACGACUCCACUGCUCCCCCGUUUGACAGAGUGGGUGUUUACCGUGAAAUCCAGAACAAGACAAAUGGCAUCAUCAAGCUGGGCCCCUAUACCCUGGACAAAGACAGCCUCUAUGUCAAUGGUUAUAACGAAGCACCAGCUCUGCCAACUGUUUUGCCAACCUCAACCCCAGCUCCAGCAAUUGAACGUUUCACAGUGAACUUCACCACAACCAAUCUCAAAUAUGAUUCACAACUGGGAACGCCUCAUUCUACCCGGUUCAAUGCUACUGAGAAAGUCUUGAUCUCCUUGCUCAACCCAAUAUUUGGAAACAGCAGCAUCGGCCCAUCUUAUAUAAAAUGUGAAGUGACGUCUUACAGAUCGGUGAGAGAUGGGAAUAACACUGGUGUAGAUGCCGUCUGCACCUACAGGCACGACUCCACUGCUCCCCCGUUUGACAGAGUGGGUGUUUACCGUGAAAUCCAGAACAAGACAAAUGGCAUCAUCAAGCUGGGCCCCUAUACCCUGGACAAAGACAGCCUCUAUGUCAAUGGUUAUAACGAAGCACCAGCUCUGCCAACUGUUUUGCCAACCUCAACCCCAGCUCCAGCAAUUGAACGUUUCACAGUGAACUUCACCACAACCAAUCUCAAAUAUGAUUCACAACUGGGAACGCCUCAUUCUACCCGGUUCAAUGCUACUGAGAAAGUCUUGAUCUCUUUGCUCAACCCAAUAUUUGGAAACAGCAGCAUCGGUCCAUCUUAUAUAAAAUGUGAAGUGACGGCUUACAGACCGGUGAGAGCUGGGAAUGACACCGGUGUAGAUGCUGUCUGCACCUACAGGCGCGACUCCACUGCUCCACCAUUUGACAGAGUGAGGAUUUACCGUGAAGUGAGGAACAAGACAAAUGGCAUCACCAAAUUGGGCCCCUACAUUCUGGACAAGGACAGCCUCUAUGUCAAUGGUUACAACGAAGCAAACCCUCCGCCAACUGUGAUGACAACUACAGUUCCAGCUCCAACAGUUGACUAUUUCACAGUGAGCUUCACCAUCACGAAUCUCCAAUACACAUACCAAUUAGGAACCCCAAAUUCCAAUAAAUUCAAUGCUACAGAAAAAGUCCUGACCUAUUUGCUUGACCCAUUGUUCAAAAGCAGCAGCAUUGGCCCCGUUUAUAUGGGAUGCAAAGUGAUGACUUAUAGGCCUGUGAAUAACGGAGAUGACACCAGUGUAGAUGCCCUCUGCACCUACAGAACUGAGUCUACCACAUCCAGGUUCGACAGAGUGAGGGUUUACCAUGAGCUGAGCAACAAAACAAGUGGAAUCACCAAGUUAGGACCCUACAGCCUGGAUGACAAGAGCCUUUAUGUUAAUGGUUACAAUGAAGCGCGUUCUGUGCCAACUACAAUACCAACUGGAACCAGUGCUCCUGCUCCAACAGUCGAACAUUUCACAGUGAACUUCACCAUAAACAAUCUCCAGUACACUUCCCAACUAGGAACCCCCAAUUCCUUGAAAUUCAAUAAUACAGAGAAAGUGCUGACCUCUUUGCUUGACCCACUGCUCACAAACAGCAGCAUCAGCUCAGACUACAAAGGAUGCAAAGUGAUAGCUUAUCGGAUUAACACGCUGCAGAUUUCAGAGGAUUUUACUGGAUGGUCUGUGGGCAGCAACUGGAGGGGAGGGCAGGCUGGGAAUGAGGAGGGGAAAUGGGUCCAGGAGAGGAUUUCUCUCUCACAAAGUGGAAAAAAAAAUCACAUGAAACUUACUUGUCCUGUUGUCCCCAGCCCAGUGACAAAUGGCGAUGGCACGCGCAUCGAUGCCCUCUGCAUCUACCGAAAUGACUUCACCAGACCCAGGUUUGAUAGAGAGAAGGUUUACCACGAGCUGAGCAACAAGACAAGAGACAUCACUAAAUUAGGUCCUUACAACCUGGACAACAGCAGUCUCUACGUCAAUGAAUACAACGAAGCACUACUUGGACCAACUCUGAGCCAAACUACCCCCCAGAGUCCAACAGCUGGGUAUUUCACAGUGAACGUCACCUUAACCAACCUCCGCUACACCACAGACCUGGGGACACCGGGUUCCCGCAAAUUCAAUUCUACAGAGAAAACAAUACUGUAUCAUAUUGAGCCUCUGCUCAGAAACAGCAACAUUGGCUCUUUCUACACUGGAUGCAAGGUGAUGGCAUUUAGGUCUGUGAAGAACAGGGAUGACACAGGAAUAGACGCCUUGUGCAGCUACAGGAAUGAGCCCACGGCUCCCAAGUUUGACAGAGUGAAGGUUUAUCGUGAGCUGAGCAGCAUGACAAAGGACAUCACCAAGUUAGGGCAAUACCACCUGGAGAACAAGAGCCUCUAUGUCAAUGGAUACAACGAAGCACUACUUGGACCAACUCUGAGCCAAACUACCCCCCAGAGUCCAACAGCUGGGCAUUUCACAGUGAACGUCACCUUAACCAACCUCCGCUACACCACAGACCUGGGGACACCGGGUUCCCGCAAAUUCAAUUCUACAGAGAAAACAAUACUCUAUUAUAUUGAGCCUCUGCUCAGAAACAGCAGCACUGGCCCUAUCUACACUGGAUGCAAAGUGAUGGCAUUUAGGUCUAUGAAUAAUAAGGACACCGGGAUCAAUGCAGUCUGCAGCUACAAAAACAACUCCACAGUUGCUACGUUUGACAGAGUGAAGCUUUAUCAUGAGCUAAGCGGCAUGACAAAGGGCAUCACCACACUAGGACCCUACACCCUGGAGAAGAACAGCCUUUAUGUGAAUGGUUUCCGUCUCUCAGACAUAGCUACUACUACAGAAGCUCCUUCCACGGUGGCUCCAGAGAAUGUUGGGUAUCUGCUCAACUUCAGAAUAAUCAAUGUAAACCUAACCAACCCAGACCCGAAGUCUUCAGCCUACCAAGCAUUACAGAAAGACAUUGCUGACAAGAUUAACCAGCUGUACAGAAAGAGUGACCUUCAAGAGAGAUUCUUGUUCUGCAACGUCACAGGCUUGAGGAUUGGCUCUGUAGUGGUCGACUGCAACUGCUACUUCAAGCCAGCACCCAACCGCAGUGAGGAGACCGUUCUAAGCACAUUUCAGAAUGGAACGAGGAAUGCAAGCGCACAAUGGCUGGGAGGCAGCUACCAGCUGCAGGGAGCCAGGGUGAAUGUUUUGGAGCCAGUUAUUAAGCCAGUGACUCAGCCGCCUGUCAGUGCUGAGCAAGAGACUUUCAGGUUAAACUUCACCGUCACUAGCCUCUUCUACUCAUCCGAACUGAAACAACCCAGUUCAAAUCUUCAUCGACUGAACAAGCAGAUGAUUGAGAAAGCGCUUGACAAUAUUUUCAGAAAUAGCAGCAUCCAGAAGUACUUUGCCGGCUGUUCAGUUGAAAGCUUUAGGCCCAUCUCUGGGAAAACUUACACUGGUAUUAAUUCCAUCUGCAAAUUUACACUAGACAGCACCUCCAGGGCCUUUCACAGAGAAGAAGUGUAUGAGGAGUUUAAACGUCUCACCAACGGAGGCACUCAGCUAGGGGACAGCUACACGCUAGACAAGGAUAGCUUGCUUGUUAAUGAGCUCCCAUUCUGGGCCAUAAUCCUCAUCUGCCUCUCGGCAUUGCUUGGCUUGAUUCUCCUCCUCCUCGUGUGUUUCUUGAAUGGUGAGGACACAGACCUACUGAGUGUGGAAGGUUGA